UCCACAUACAAACACUCCAAAUCACUGCCUUUAAAAGAGUGAGCAAUUCACACACACCACCAAACUCAAAUUCACAUAGUAAUAUUGUUGCAACAAACAAAAUGUCAUCACAAUCACAUAAACCCUCCCAUGAAAAACCCUUCACCCUCUUUGAGCCCAUCCUCACUGACACAGGCUUCACACUCCUCCAGCGCAACACGGCGGCGGCGACGCAGGCGGGCGACCGGCGCGGGCGGAAGAAGCAGGCGGAGCCGGGGCGGUUCCUGGGGGUGCGGAGGCGGCCGUGGGGCCGGUACGCGGCGGAGAUACGGGACCCCACCACCAAGGAGAGGCACUGGCUGGGCACCUUUGACACUGCCCAAGAGGCAGCAUUGGCCUAUGAUAGGGCAGCCCUCUCCAUCAAAGGCACACAAGCAAGAACCAACUUCAUCUACUCUGAUCAAACCACUUUCCACUCCCUCUUUGAGCUCCAACCAUUCUUGCAGCCACCAUCAUCAAAAACUACCAAACACCAUGCCACCACCAAAACUGCAGCGGCGGGACCCGAGAUUCCUCGGGUCCCGCCUCAAUCGGGGCACGACACGUGUCGUUCACCCGAUGAUGAUCAAGCCAGUUUCUUCAAAACUGACACAAGCUCUGGCUACUUGGACUGCAUUGUCCCAAACAACUACUUGAACCCUUCUUCCUCUUCUUCUUCUUCUUCUUCUUCUUCUUCUUCUGCCACCACCAUUACCUCAAGCAAGAAACAAGAAGCCUCUCUCUCAUCACACAACAUUCAACUACUCGAUUCGACUGAGGCUGCAGCAGCAUGGAGCCUUGAUCACACCUCUGCAUAUCAAGAAUUCGACUACGGAUUGUGGGACAGUCAGCAGCAGUGGGAGCUGAGUUCUUGUGAGCUGUCAGCAAUGAUUAACAAUCCAACUAAUAUGGAAGAAAAUAGGGGAGAUUUUGAUCAAAUGAUGGGUAAUGAUGCAGCAAGUUGCUCAUAUUUUUUUCCUAGUUUUGGGGAUUCAGUGGACUUGGGGCAGUCUCUAUUUUGAGUGGUAAUAUAUAAUUAAUUAUGUAAGUCAUGUUGAAAGAUUUAUUUUGUUUUAAGUCCAAUAGUGUAUUUGCAUGGGCAUCUCUA